GUGACGUCCUGUGCGGAUAGAUAGAGACAUAGAUGCCGUUACUGUUGAACGAAAUCUCACAGCUCUGUAGCCUUAAGAUUGUCUUUAUGUAAAAGGGUGUUUUAAAGCUCCGGAGAGAAGCAGCAGCAUGCAGCGGAACGCAGUGGUCGUGGUGGCGGACAAAACCAGCCUGAAAAGGCCGUUUAUUUUUGCAAAUGCUGUGCAUAUGGCGCUGUGCUUCUUCAUGUUGACCAUGACAGUAGCUUGGCAUAGAGACCUCAUACAAACUGGCAAACUGGUGUCCAAUGUUUCUGUAGUGAUAAUGUACAUCAUGGAGAUCGGCUGUCUGCUGCUCUCAGUGCUCGGUGUGUUUGGAGCCUGUACAGGAAAAAGAUGGUGUUUGAUUCUGUACGCAGCUGGGAUGGCGGCAGCCAGUCAAACAAUAAUUGUUAGAACAGCACUAAGUUACCAAGAUGUUUAUGAGAAACGUGUGGUCCGCGAGGAGUCCAAGUUGCUGUCAAUGAUGCCACUUACUGGAACCAGCAAAGCUAACAGGACACUGCUGUAUAGUAUUCAACAAGAAUUUGAGUGCUGUGGUCUUAUUGAAGGCUACAAAGACUGGGGCUCUUCUAUCCCUGCUUCCUGUAACUGUCAAUAUCCAGGAAAAUGCAUUCGACUACGAGGCAGCGCCACACUCGGGGCUCCAAAGAACCAGUAUGUUUAUCAAGAGCCUUGCCUACCAAUUUAUGUUUCUGAACUGAAGCUUGCGUUCUCGUUGGCCAUGGGUAUACAAUUUGGAAGUGGAGUGUUUUGGGUGGUUUUACUUGUCAUGAGCAUCAAGCUGAUGGGCCAGAUAAAAAGGAAACAGGAGUUCAUGGCUCUUCUCCAAUCAAACAGAUAUGUUCCGGGUGCCUUCUAGUCACCAAGUACGUUUUGAUACACUUCAAGUUAUUAUCAAUAGUACCUUGUUUGAAUUUGCACAUGUAAACACGUUAUGCUGUAUACCAUAAUCUAGCUAUUUUGUGCUAUAUCGACAUAUGUUGACAUUAUAAUUUUCUAUGAAUACGUGUUAAUGCAUGUUACUGAUAUUGGAAAGUAAUCUACAUGCAUAGGUCAGUUUAAAAUGUUUUUUUUGUUGCCUUACUGCUGUAAAAAAAACAGUGCAAUUUAAUGAAAUUAAUUAAUCUUUAAUAAUCAUCACAUUUUCACAUGCUUUUGUCAUAUCUCUAAAAUUCUUUUAUUCUUCCCAGAAUUAAGCAGCUGUUUGUUUUCUUUGAGUAGCUGGAGCCUAAGUGUUGUCUUAUCUGGAUAAUAUUCCUUCUCUCCAUUUCCUUCGUACCUUGACACAUCAGUGAUUCUAUGGAAAGGCAGAUAUUAGCUAGAUACUGUACCUAAAACUUUCAAACAAACAAAACACAUUUUUGUUUGUUUAUCAUAGCACAACAAUUGAUGCUAAGAUUCUAUCACCAGUGGAAGCAAAGAAAUAUCACUGGAAGUUCAACUAAUGGCUUUAACACUUUGUCGACUGGACCAACUUAUUUUAAAACAUACAUAUUUAAAUAUUCAUACUCAUCUUAAGCUCACUCAUUGAAUUUACAGCAUUAGAGCAACCAAUAAUCGUUGAACAAAUAAUAAUGAGUAACCCUUAUGUAGCACCUUUCUUAAACAGUGUUUACAAAGUGCUUUGAUUGAAAUAUAAUCAUUUAUUUAUUGUUGAGCAUAAAUGUAAUUUUCUUGGGUAAAUAAUCAGGUUAGACAAAGGAAUGAGCCACAGCUCUCAUUGGGACACCCGAAUGUCUUGAUGCCUUGUUAAUAAGCACAUUGUAUAUUUGAAACAUCAUCACUUUAUUCAGUUCCUCUUAAAGCACAUUUAGUGAGUAAAUGAUACGUGAUCAUGUCCACUAGGAGGAGAGGGGACUCUGAUUGGUUGCACAUUUAGUAGACAUACAGUAAAUCCUUAAUUAUUUUGCCUCCAAAAUUUUGAUAUCAAGGUUUGGAGAAAUGUUGGCAUUGACCACUGCAGAC